AUGGAAGUGGAGAGUACUGAUGCUCGUUCAUCUUCGGAGGAUGUAGGUAAAGAAAAUUCUCGGGGUUCAAAACCGAAUGGAAGUAAUAAUACUGUUGAUGUUGACACGGGAAAUUCUGAUUCUUUGAACGUUUCAGAGAACACCCAAAUGCCAAAUACCGAAGUUGGGAAUACUGAAACCAACAAUGAUAACUCGAGCAGCGCAGAGGUUAUUGAUGAAGGGACAAACAUCUCUGCACUUCAAGGACAUGAGAGGGUCGUUAUCGAAAUCGUUAAGGAGACUGAGACUUCGAUUGUUGUUGUUUCAGUGACUGACGAAGCUGAGCCGCGGGCAGAAGAGACUGAGGAAGAUGUCAACAUGUCUGUAGAAGUUUCUCCAGUAAUUGAGAAUCGUAUAGUGGUGCAUGAAUACCCAAGUGCAGGAAUUGAUUUUUAUCCUCCAUUUGACGCAUCAUUCCCGUAUCACCAACUAGUUGGUGGAUUCAGUGUUCCUAUUGGAUAUGCCGAAAAUGGUGACUUCCAGCAGAGUGAUUAUGAUUAUCAUUACUCCUCCAGCUCUUCUGAUGAAGAUUCCAAAGCUUUUGUAGCCAAAUCGCAAGCUAAGAUGAACCAUGCUAAGAGAGCAAAGCCUAGCACACCCCUUAAUGACCAGAGAUUCACUUAUAAUGAGCUUAUGAAGAGAAAAGCCGAGGAUGAUAAAAUAGAUGAUCGUCAGCAUAGAAGGGACCAAAUCCGACGUAGAGUGCUAGCGACUGAGGAGAAUCUUCGAUCUCAAGAUGAUGGUGUACCUUCCGACUCUGAUGCUUCAGAAAAUGAACCCGUGUGGGUUCCACGGGAUCGCAAGAUUAAGCCAAACCGGCGUAACAGAGAGAUUGCGAAACAAGUCGAAGCUGACUGGGACUCAAGCGAUCCUGAUAUUCACCCAGACUUCGUCAAUGGCCCCGACAAUGAUUCCGACGAAGAAGAGGAUUAUGAGAAAGACGAUGAUGAUGACUCUGACAGAUCUGAUGAUUCCGAUGAAUCUGACGAUUAG